UAAUGAAUGCAGACAGGCAUUACCAUCUAAAAUGUACACAGUGAAAAGGCAGUUAUGCAGAGCUGUAUUGAGCAAUCAGAGUUCACGGCAAUAUGAGAAAGAAGAAAUACAAAACCAGGAGCAACAAAGUUACUACCUGCUUGGGUCGCACGAGUGCACAGAGCACAAAGAGGCAUUGAAAGUGUUCUGUCAAGAUGAUGAAUGUCCUGUAUGUGUCAUAUGUAUGAUAUCGUUUCAACAUAAAUGGCACAAAUUCCUACCCAUACUGGAAGCAGCCAGCAUGUUUCAGGGCAAGCUGAAAAAUACUGUAUCUUCUCUAGAACUGAAAAUGAAACAUAUUAAUGAGCGUCAAAGCAGACAGGAACUCUACAUCUCUUCUUUCAAGGAUGAAGAGCAAAGGUUGGAAGAGCACAUUACAUCAGAAUUUGCUGAGCUGCAACAAUUUCUCCAGGACAAGGAACAACAGCUGGUCCAAAAGCUCAAGCGGGAAGCUACAAGAAUUCUGGGAAAGAUGACAGAAAACUUAAAGAGAUUUGAAGAAAUCAAUGACGCUAUUCAGAAGGAUAAAUCCAGCAUUGAAAAAACAUUGCAGCAGAAAGACCCUCUGCUUUUUCUCAAAGGCAUCACAGAUGAAACAAAAAGCAUCAUGAAAAGAACAAAAGAAGAAGCGGAGGUAGACAUUUGUGAAUCAUGGAUACCUAAGAAAAAGAGGAAAGGUGUAUUUAAUGGUGAACCUUAUACUGGCAGACUACGUCUCGGGGUAUACAGAGGCCCCCUGCAGUACAGGGUUUGGAAAGAAAUGCUUUCUGUCGUCAACCCAGGCCUGUCUUAUCUGACCUUGGACCCUAACACAGCAAAUCCUUCGCUCACUCUGUCUAAGGACCUUACCAGUGUGAAGUUUGAUGAUGUGGACCACAGUAUUUUUAAACUAAAACUCUUUCACAAUCCUAGAAAUUAUGAUUCAUGUCCCUGUAUGCUGGCAUCACAGGGCUUCACAUCAGGAAGGCAUUACUGGGAAGUGGAGGUGGGGUGCUUGCCUGACUGCUAUUUAGGUGUUAUCAACGAGUCCAACAACAGGAAGAUGAUACCUGGACUACAGCCACUACAUGGAUACUGGGUAAUAAAGCCAUGGACCGAGAUGUACGGGCAUCUGAAUUUCCCAGGCCUGCUUCUUGAUCCAAGUGUGAAAUCACAAAAGAUUGGAGUGUACCUGGACUAUGAGGGAGGUCAGGUGUCAUUUUACAAUGCAAGUAACAUGUCCCACAUAUACACCUUUACUGAUACUUUCACAGAGAGACUUUACCCUUAUUUUUGGAUUGGUAACAGUUCAGAACCAUUAAACCUAUUUCACCUAAAACUGUAAUGAUGAUUUGCACAUAUGUUAACAUUGGUAAAUUGUUAACAUUGUCAAGGAAAUUACUGAUUUAUCCAAAUGUCUAUAAAAUACAUUUGAGUCACUGUAAAACAAAAUAAAAACAUACCUAUUUCAGAACUGCUAUAAUGAUGCCAUGUACACAGUAGAAGUAUAUUUAAAAGUGAAGGAUGUUAAGGGAUAACUAAAUAGCUGCAUGAAAUUAAUUAAUUCUAUUAUUUACUCCUGGGGGGAGAGGGGUGCUGAAGCAAAAUUUUUCCAUGACUCCUAACAGAAAAUUGCAUUCCCUCAAAGUAAAAGUCUAAGCAUUAUAUGCAUCACUGCAAAGGGAGAAUAUUCCUGCCAAAAAGUCAUAUGGUCAAAGUCAUGGCACUUACAUAAAUCAUAAAUAGGUACUGUCUGCUUUUGGAGCCAUUUGUCUGGGAAAAGCACCAUGGUUAAACUUAUAUGAGAACAUUUACAUGAUGUGCAUAAUAAGAAAGGAAGUAAAAAUUGAUUGCCAGGGCAUAUGCAGUCACAAAUUUUUACACAGUACUUCUUGGCUGCUUGGGAAAGGUGAAACUGCAGUACUUUACCUAGAUAUCAGUUAGUGUUUGCUCUGAAUUUUCUGAAACAUUCUAGACUUUUACAUUUGAUGAAAAGCUAUAAACCCCUGCUUAAUGAACUAUUUACUAAAUGUUUUGUUGCAAAAUAUUAUGCUUGCUUAUUCAGCUUAAGAAGAAUGUCUUAUAACUUCUGUUAACUACGUUUUGAUUAUCUGGAACUUCAUUAAUUGCUGUAUCUUACAAAUAAAGUGCCAAACAAAAAUAAAGGAUUACAAUUCUGUGGCA